UCCGUGAUAUGCGCUGUUCCACCAAUCGACCUUGGUUCCACCGCCAUCGUCAUCUCAGCAAUGGCAGCUUCCAGUAUCAAACUUUUCCUCGCUCAUUCGCUAUUACAAAGUGAUUGGAACUGUCGUCCUCUAGUUCCUGCCGUUGCAGGCUGCGGUCAAAAUAAAAAUAUUAGCACGCUUUAGCUUUUAAGCGUUCCCUCGUAAAAUCUUGGUAAGCUCUAAAAGUUGACGGUACCGUCGUACUCAAGGGAUACGGUGCUGUGUCGUUACGUAUGUACUAAAGACUCGUCCUCCCUCAUCUUUCCCUGUGCGCCUACAGUAAUGCAGCGUUGCAUCGUUCUCGCGCGAAGAAAUCUGCCGACCUUCGGCGGGACCUGCAGUGCCUAUAGAGCGGCGUCAACAAAGCCGACAGAAUCGAGGAUACUGAGAAAACUGAAGGAGGCUCUAAACCCGCAAGAACUCCUGGUUGAAAAUGAAAGCCACAUGCACAACGUUCCCAAAGGAUCGGAGACGCACUUCCGAGUGACUGUGGUGUCGUCCGCAUUCGAGGGUAAAAGUUUAGUGCAGCAACACGCCAUGGUGUACACUGCACUGAAAGAAGAACUGAAGGAUCCUGUUCACGCCCUCUCAGUUGAGACUUCAACGCCGGACAAGUGGCAAUCCGAGACCAGAAAAUCGCCGCCUUGCCUUGGAGGAAUGAAGAGGGAGAAUCGAGAGAAGUAAUGAAGCAUAUACUUGUAUUUCGAAGGUGACAGUAGGGUUUACAUAUUGCUAUAGAACGAUGAUCAUGUGUUCCAAUAUUAAACAAGAAUGAACAUACCAUCUUUACAGCUA